CCCUCUGCGUGUAGAUCACUUCAUCAUAAACUGCUGGAAGACGCUGAAAUGAAUAUAUGAGAGAACAUGGAUAUAAGUAACAGCAACAUAGGUUCCGGCCAAAAAGAAUCUUCUCAAAGCACUCCAGUUUCCUUCUAAAGAAGGCCAACAAGUCUCGGGGACAGAAGGGCAGCAGUGAUGUCAUAUGUCUGCACUGUGGUCAGGCUGUCAAUACAGUUUCAUGAAAUUUUAAUAAAUUAGCUAGAAACGCAUAGUCUAGAUCAAACUACUGUGCUCGUUGUGCAGGUCGUUGGAAAACCAUUUACAAGCAGGUAUCAGUGGGUCACUGUCAAAACAAAAGGACAGACUGAAAGCGGCUUCACAAGACUAACUCCUUCGUGUGGCAACAUCAGUAUUUCAUUAGUGACAUGGCUAACAUUAUACCUAGUGUAUUUACUAGACAACAGUGAAAGGAGAGAUGCUUCCAGUUUACUGGAGAAGAGGAAGAGGAAGAUAAGAGGAAGAAAAAGAGAAAGAAAGAGAAAGAGAGAAAGAGAAAGAGAAGAGAAAGAUAAAAAGAGAAAGAGCAGUUAUUUUGAUAUGUUGCUGUAUUGUUUCUGAUGAAAAGUUACUCAGUAGAAACAAGAGCAAGGUGCUGCUCUGAAACACAGAUACUCAAUUGCACAAAUACAGGAAAGAGGGGAAAAGCCACAACACUGCACUUCAGCCAGGAGAUUUGGAGACAAAGAAGGUUUCUGAAAUCAGUGGAGGCUGCUUGAGAACAGAGCCUGAUUAUCAAGUGAUCUGACAUUCAUGAAAGAGAGGAACAAAAAUCUUCCUCGCACACAUGAAUCCUUUAGUGAGCCCUUGAUCUGAUAUUUCCUCCUGAAGACAAGCCGACAUCAUGAAGCAGAAAUUGACAUCAUCAGCUCGAAUUAUUUUGCUACUUGCUCUGACCGCAGUGGGUCUGACUGGUCAGUCAUACCCUGGAAGACCUAAGAUAAUAAGAUGUCGUUCUCUAGAAAAGGAAACCUUUUCUUGCUGGUGGAAGCCUGGCUCAGAUGGAGGACUUCCUACCAAUUACACCCUGUUGUACAGCAAGGACAGUGAAGAAAAAAUCUAUGAAUGUCCAGACUACCGAACAUCAGGUCCCAAUUCCUGCUACUUUGAUAAAAACCACACUAAUCCCUGGACAACAUAUAAUAUCACUGUAAUGGCAAGGAAUGAGAUUGGAUGUAACAGCUCAGAUCCUCAGUAUGUGGAUGUGACCUCCAUAGUUCAGCCAGAUGCUCCUAUGAACCUCUCUCUAGAAACAAAAACAUCUGCUAGCAUAAUGCACCUUUGGGCAAAAUGGUCUCCACCUCCAUUAGCUGAUGUCAGCUCUAAUUCACAUGUAUAUCACUAUGAGCUACGACUAAAACCUGAGGAAAAGGAAGAGUGGGAGACAAUACCUGUUGGAGUUCAGACAAGGUACAAAGUGAAUAGGUUACAAGCUGGGGUGAAGUAUGUUGUCCAAGUCCGUUGUAUGUUAGACCUUGGAGAAUGGAGUGAGUGGAGCUCCAAAAGGCGCAUUCAGAUCCCCGAUGGAAAGUCACCUCCUGAAAAGCCUACAAUAAUAAAAUGCCGUUCUCCAGAAAAGGAAACAUUUACUUGUUGGUGGAAACCAGGUUCAGAUGGAGGACUUUCUACUAACUACACUUUGCUUUACAGCAAAGAAGGAGAAGAACAAGUUUACGAGUGUCCGGAUUACAGAAAUGCGGGCCCCAAUUCUUGCUACUUCGAUAAAAAGCACACCUCUUUCUGGACCAUAUACAAUAUUACUGUGAGGGCAACUAACGAAAUGGGAAGUAACAUCUCUGAUCCUCAUUAUGUGGAUGUGACUUACAUAGUACAGCCAGAUCCCCCUGUGAAUGUAACUCUGGAAUUAAAAAAGUCAAUAAAUAGAAAACCGUAUCUGGUCUUGACAUGGUUUCCACCCCCUCUGGCUGAUGUCAGAUCUGGAUGGCUUACCCUUGAAUAUGAGUUGCGGCUGAAGCCUGAAGAAGGAGAGGAAUGGGAGACUAUUUUUGUGGGACAGCAAACACAAUAUAAAAUGUUUAGUUUAAAUCCCGGAAAGAAGUAUAUUGUACAGAUUCACUGCAAACCUGACCACCAUGGAUCAUGGAGUGAAUGGAGCUCAGAAGAGUAUAUUCAGAUCCCUACUGACUUUAGAGUAAAAGAUAUGGUUGUGUGGAUCGUCGUUGGUGUCUUGUCAUCUCUUAUAUGUUUAAUCAUGAGCUGGACAAUGGUUUUGAAAGGGUACAGAAUGAUAGCCUUUAUCCUACCGCCAGUUCCGGGACCGAAGAUAAAAGGCAUAGAUACACAUCUGUUAGAGACAGGAAAAUCUGAAGAAUUAUUGAGUGCUCUUGGUUGCCAUGGUUUCCCUCCAACGUCAGACUGUGAGGAACUACUGAUAGAGUAUCUGGAGGUAGAGGACAGUGAGGAUCAGCAACUCAUGCCAAGCCAUGACAACGGUCAUCCCAGUAAAAAUGCAAAAAUUAUACCCAAGGAAACAGACAGUGACUCAGGCCGAGGGAGCUGUGAUAGCCCUUCUCUCCUUUCAGAGAAGUGCAGGGAGUCCCGCGCCCUUCCAUCAACACUUCAAACACAAAAUGUAAGAGAUGUUCAAGAAGAUAAAGGAGGAAAAAGGAGCUGGGAAACUCAGUGUAUAGCCUCAGAACAGAAAAUAGUCCUUUUUAAUGAUGAGAGUACAAAAUUGUCCACAUGGCCUACAGCUCAGUUACCUGAUAAUCAGCCUCCUAUGUUUGCCUACCACAAUCCUGUAGAUGCACAUAAGAUAACACUGAGUACCACAAAUGUCCACGUUGCACGAGUUUUGGUGGGAAAUGAAGAAAAGCAUCAAUCACAAUAUCCUAUCAUUGAAACUUGCCACGAUGACAUGGAAAAGCAAAGAGGGAUGGAGAAUUUGUAUUCCAAAACUGACCAAACCACAGUGCAGGUCAAACAAAACAGACCUAAUGACAAGCCACCAUUUUUGAAUCCUAAACUAAUGGAUUAUGUAGAAGUUCACAAAGUCAGACAAGAUGCGGAGCCAGCAGUAUUACUGAAACAUAAAGAAAAUAGUAGAAAGACCGAAAAAUACACUGUUCCAGGAACCAGCAAAGAAUAUACCAAGGUCUCAACAGUUGUGGACCAUAAUAUUCUAGUAUUAAUGCCAGAUUCACGCAUUCAGCACACAUCUGUGUCUCAAGAACCUGCAAUGGAAACGUCUCAGAACCUUCAGCAAAGUCAAGCUGAGAAAAAUAUGAGCUACUGUCUGACACUUCCAAGCAAGUGCAAAAGAGAGAACAAUGGAUCAGAGUACAUGGACCCAUCUUCUUUUAUGCCCUCCUUUAAAUAACUAAUAGUUAGUACAGUACAUACUUAGUAGUUAUGUACAGUAAAGCAAAACCACAUAGCAAAUAGUUCCUUAAAAAAGCCUAGCCUUCUGUGUGUAUUAUACAGAGAAUAAACUAAACUGUGGGUUGAGGUAAUAAUCAUGAAAGUAAACCUUGGAUACUAACACAUUUCUGACACAGGGAAAUGAGGAAAUGGAUAUUAUCUGCCAUGAAAAAUAUAUUGUAAACUAGUUAUUCAGCUCUGCAAAUCUAUUAGUUGAUUAAACCUGAGGGAAUACUGCAGAUUCAACAAAGUUGAAAAUUGUUACAGGUCAGUCAGUACAGCACAGUGAUCUCAGAAGUUCCUCAAUCAGAUAAAUCAUUGCACAACAGCAUUCUGAUCUACAAUGUAUUUUCUUCUGAAUGCAUUCUGACACUAGAUUAAGUCUUUAUAUUUUUUCUCAAUCCUUAAGAAAAAAUGAGCUCUUAUAUGACAAAUCAUAUAUAAAAGAGAAUAGAUUCAACAAAUUACAAUAAAAUAACAAAUUCUUCUAAAUAUAUUUUUUCUUCACUUCAAUGUGACAGAAGACUUUGCAUCCCAUUCCUAUCCUAGUCCAAUCAAACAAAACAUGACAAAAAAUAGUAGAACAAUAUUUGAUGUACUCCCUUACUGUAUAUAAUACAUAAUUCUACUUUAAUACAAGCCCAUAUAUUUAACAACUUAUUUUUAAAGGCUAUUUUUCUAUUACCACAAAAAAAGCAAAAUAAAAUAUUUUUAAAUUUCCCAAUCCUAUUUAGCUACUUAGGAACUUUUCUGUUUCCUUCUGCUGAGACAGCGGUAGCAAGUAAAGCUACCAUUUCUAUACAAAGCAUAAAAUUAAACUUUAUACUAAUUAAGAAUAUGAAUUAAUUUUUAAACUAUAUUUCUAAUAUAUUGCAGAUGUAUUACUAUUUGAAUUUUAAAUUAUUUAUUUCACAUGGUUUUUAUCACCUGUAAUUAUAAAACUAAAAUAGAAUCUAGGUUUCGA